AAGAGGGACCGACAGACAUAUGCCUCUUCCUUACAGGGCACAGUGAGAUAGACUUGGGUUUGACGACCGAAACACUGCUCUGCUCUGCUCUGCUAUUCUCUGCGUCUUCGGUUUCGUAUUUACAUUCACUUGGACUAGAUGGGUAAGACUAUUCAGGUGUUUGGCUUCCCAUCUCACGUGUCUCCGGAAGCAGUUAAGGAAUUUUUGGAGCGAUACACAGGUAGUGGAACUAUUUUGGCUUUGAAGGUUAGGAUGCCCAAAAAUGGAGGUUCAAGAGCAUAUGCUAUUGUCCAAUUCAUGACUUCCAAAGAUGCUGAACUGAUUAUUACCUUGACUAAUAAACGCCUAUGGUAUGGGAACUCUUAUUUGAGGGCUCGGGAAAUGGAACUUGAUAUUGUGCUAAAGCCUAGGGCCUAUUUACAUAGCAUGGAACAUAUAACACUGCACUUUGGGUGCCAGAUCUCAAAUGAAAAAUUUUAUGUUCUUUGGAAAGGGAAAAAUGUUAUUGUGAAUUUUGGAUUUGAACUAAGAAAAAUAUACUUCUACUUUUCGGACUGCCGUAUAGAAUACAAGCUUGAGAUUGACCAUGAGAACAUAUUGCAAAUUAAGCUAUAUCGCUCACGUAGUCGAAGUGCAAAGUAUCUCCUCAUUCAGUUACUAGGUGCCCCUCGGAUUUAUAAAAAGGAUGUUCGCACCUCUGGAAAUGUAUUUGAAGAUCCUGGUCUCAACUAUGUCAGGGAUUCUCCUGCUGACCAAUGGAUUAGGACAACUGACUUCACUCCAUCUUGUUGUAUUGGUCAAUCUUCUGCUCUAUGUAUGGAGAUUCCACAUAACUGCCGAAUUCCUAAUUUUAAAGAAUACUUUGUUCAUUAUAAAGAAGAUGAUGACCAGUUUGUUUUGGAGAAAGGCUUAACAUAUUCUGGCAAUUCGAAUCUUGUCCCCAUCCUUCACCCACCUCUGGGAGUUAGCUUACCAUAUAAUAUCUUGUUCAGGAUUUGUUUAUUGGUUCAAAAUGGCCGUCUUUCUGGGCCAACACUUGAUUCUAGUUUUUAUCAGUUGGUUGAUCCUUGUAGAAGAAGCAUUGUUUGCAUAGAACAUGCCUUGGAGAAACUGUACCAUUUAAAGGAGUGCUGUUAUGAACCUGUGAAGUGGCUCGAUGAGCAGUACAGAAAAUACUCGGCAUCUAGUCAACCUCCAAAGCCGCCUGCCAUUUCCUUGGAUACUGGGUUGGUUUAUGUUCGCAGGGUUCACAUUACUCCAUGUAAAAUAUAUUUCUGUGGUCCAGAGGUCAAUGUCUCUAACAGGGUGUUACGCAAUUACCCUGAUGAUAUUGAUAAUUUUCUUCGAGUGUCUUUCGUUGAUGAGGACCUGGAUAGACUGCAUUCGACAGAUUUAUGUCCAAGAGCAUCUUCUGGGAAUGAGAAUAAGCAUACUGAAAUUUAUAGAAGGGUGCUUUUAACUCUUAGAAGUGGCAUAGCUGUUGGUGAUAAGAAAUUUGAAUUUCUCGCCUUUUCAACGAGUCAAUUACGAGAAAACUCUGCGUGGUUCUUUGCCUCAAGACCUGGGCUUACUGCUGUAGACAUAAGGGCGUGGAUGGGUGAUUUUCAUCAGAUAAAAAAUGUGGCAAAAUAUGCUGCCCGACUGGGACAAUCAUUUAGCUCAUCUACAGAAACUUUGCCCGUUGGUAGGCAUGAAAUUGAAAUUAUUCCUGAUGUAGGGGUUGAGGGGGGAACAACCAAUUAUGUUUUCUCUGAUGGAAUCGGAAAGAUCUCUGCCGAUUUUGCUCACAAAGUGGCUGGAAAAUGUCGCUCAAAAUAUUUUACUCCAUCAGCAUUUCAGAUUCGUUAUGGUGGGUACAAAGGUGUUGUGGCUGUUGACCCAACGUCAUCAAAGAAAUUAUCAUUACGGGAGAGCAUGUUCAAGUAUGAAUCACAGAACGAAAAAUUAGAUGUUUUGGCAUGGAGCAAAUAUCAACCAUGUUUUCUCAAUCGUCAACUGGUCACUCUUUUGUCCACUCUCGGGGUUAGCGAUCAUGUUUUCGAAGAGAAGCAAAGAGAAGCCAUAAAACAACUGGACAGUAUGUUAAAAGAUCCGUUGAAGGCACAGGAGACACUCGAGUUAAUGCCUAUAGGAGAGAACACAAACAUUCUCAAAGAAAUGCUGAUGUGUGGGUAUAAGCCUGAUGAUGAACCAUUCCUCUCAAUGAUGCUGCAAACGUUCCGGGCAUCCAAAUUGCAGGAUUUGCGGACUAGAGCAAGGAUAUUGCUGCCGAAUGGAAGAGCCAUGAUGGGAUGUUUAGAUGAAACCAGGACCUUGGAAUAUGGUCAGGUAUUUGUGCAAUUUUCAAGCAGUGCACGUCGGGCAUGUUAUGAUGAUUCCCCCUUUAUGUGCAGCGACAGCAGAUCAAAUCGGCAGACUCGCGUUAUUGAGGGAAAGGUGGUAGUUGCUAAAAACCCCUGUUUGCACCCAGGUGAUGUGCGUGUCUUAACGGCUGUUAAUGUUCCAGCUUUGCACCAUAUGGUGGAUUGUGUAGUUUUUCCCCAAAAGGGAGUCAGACCUCAUCCCAAUGAAUGUUCGGGGAGCGAUCUGGAUGGAGAUAUCUACUUUGUUUGCUGGGACCAUGAACUAAUUCCACCGCAGCAGAUCCAACCUAUGGACUACACACCUCCACCACCUAUACGCUUGGAUCAUGAUGUGACAAUUGAGGAAGUUGAGGAGUACUUUGCCGACUAUAUUGUUAAUGACAGCUUAGGUACCAUUGCAAAUGCCCACACUGUAUUUGCAGAUAAGGAGCCCAAGAGAGCAAUGAGCAAUCCAUGCCUUGAGCUUGCAGCGCUAUUUUCAAUUGCUGUUGACUUCCCAAAAACUGGUUGGCUUGCUGUAAUACCAUCUUAUCUGCAUAUCAAAGAAUAUCCUGAUUUCAUGGAGAAGCCCAACAGAUCCACCUAUGAAUCACAGACUGUGAUUGGAAAGCUUUUUCGUGAGGUGAAAGAUGAACCAGACAAAAGCUUUAUGCGAUCCUUCCCUCCUGAAAUGGCUAGGUGUUCUUAUGACCCUGACAUGGAAUAUGAAGGGUUUGAAGAUUACAUCACUGAUGCAUCUUAUUACAAAAGCAAUUAUGAUUUUAAGUUGGGGAAUCUAAUGGACUACUAUGGGAUAAAAACAGAGGGUGAAAUAAUCAGUGGGUGUAUUUUGAAAAUGUCAAAAUCCUUCAGUAGGAGAAGAGACUUCGAACAAAUUACUGUGGCUGUGAAGUCCUUGAGGAAGGAAGCUAGGACCUGGUUCAGUGAGCAGGGAAAAGGGUUAGAUUUUGGAGAGGAUAAUGAAUAUGCUAAAGCAUCAGCUUGGUAUUAUGUCACAUAUCAUUCUAGUUAUUGGGGUUGCUACAACGAGGGAAUGAAUAGAGAUCAUUUCUUAAGUUUUCCUUGGUGUGUCUAUGACAAAUUGGUUCGCAUCAAGAGGGAUAAGAUGAGUAUCCGAAGGCGCUCUAAAGUUGUCAUCCAGUUUGACCAUGGAUUACAUUUGAAUUAAAUUACUCUAUUGUACUUAAGAUGUGUAAAUAUAAAUUUAGCUCUUGAUUUUCAAGAGUGCUUUCUAAGCGCGUGUAUAUCUAGAAAUAGCUGAACAUAUGAUGGCCUUGACUUCCACCAACGUUCUGUUGGUUGACAAUUGUAUAUAUACUCGUAUUUAUUGAUGUAGAAGUGUUAUGCUG